AUGCCAAAAAGUUGGUUGGAAAAAGAAAUGGCCGGGGAAGAUUGGUUAACAGCAUUUAUAAAAAGGAAUUCUUCUCUAUCUAUAAGGACACCGGAGGCCACCAGUCAAGCCAGAGCAUCCAGUUUCAAUCCGACAAACGUCUUCAAAUUUUUCGAUAAUUUGGUAAAAGUAUUGAGAAAAUACCAGUUUCUACCGUCUGAUAUAUACAAUAUGGAUGAAACUGGAAUAACUACAGUGCAAAAACCCAACAAGGUAAUAGCUCGUCGAGGAUUUAAACAGAUUGGAAGAAUUACAUCAGCGGAAAGGGGAUCUCUGGUGACGAUGGCUCUUGCUGUUUCUGCUGCAGGAAACAGCAUUCCUCCUUUUUUUGUCUUUCCGCGGGUCAACUUUCGAGAUUACUUUCUACAAAAUGCUCCAAUAGGUAGCGAUGGAGACAGCAAUCGAUCUGGGUGGAUGAUUGAGGCAAAUUUCAUAAAGUUCGCAAAACAUUUCAUUAAAUAUUCUCGAGCAUCUCAAGAUAAACCUGUACUUCUGCUCUUAGACAAUCAUGAUUCACAUCUCUCGAUCGAAGCUCUAGAUUUCUUCAAAAAAUAUGGAGUGAUAGUUCUGUCAUUUCCUCCUCACUGCAGCCACAAGUUGCAGCCACUGGACCGAAGCGUUUAUGGUCCCUUCAAAAAUUACAUAAAUACAGCUGCAGAUGCUUGGAUAACAAAUAAUCCUGGAAAAACAAUGAAUAUCUAUAAUAUUCCACAGUUAGCCAAAGAAGCUUUGCCAUUAGCCUGUACUCCAAAAUUAUUAUAA